GCAAAAUCAUGUCAGUUUACACCAAGACUAGCUCUGGAAUAGACAUUUUACUAAAAACUAGUUUUCAAGAUUUGGAAGUUUCAAUUUCCACGUCAUCAUAUAAGUUGAUUUGCUUUUGGCAAGAUUAACCAAAACCACCAUGAACAAUAUUUGGUACUUCGUCAUCUUGGCAGUUCUCAUGAACUUGGUGAAUGGAGAUUUUGAUAGACCAGUUCAAGAUGAUGUAAUAGUCACUGAUGUGGAUUGCACUACAAAUGAGGAAUGCCAAAAUUUAUGCCAACAAGAAGAAUAUGAAGGAUCUUCAGGACUUUGCUUUUCGAAAAACCAAAAAUGCAUAUGUAAGAAGAAUGUCCCAAGGCCAGCUGAAGAUAUCCAGUUGGUAGAAGUUGACUUCACCUGUCUUUAUGACAACGAAUGCAAACAUAAAUGCAAAUCUUUGAACUAUAAUAGAAGAGGAGCAACUUGUGAAAUUGGAAUUACUGGACAAAAUCCUAAGAAAUGCAAAUGUCCUCAAUUAAAAGGAGACAAAACUGUUCAAAUUUUCAAGAAAUGCAAUGGCAUCCACGACUGUUUGCACGAAUGUGAAGCAUUAGGAUAUUCUAGAGAAAAAGCAGUGUGUUCAUAUUUUGAUGAAAAUAAUAACAGGUGCAAAUGUGAAAUGAACUAAGUUGGAAAAUCGAUAUAUGCGAGAUGACAUAAAAAUAUUAUAAAUGUAAUUUAAACCCUGAAUAAUAUCCAGAAAUAUAUGUAUUUAAUAA